AUGGGUACUCCAUCUUCAUUGCCCACAAACCCUAACCCCAGCCCCAGUCCGCCACUCCCUCAGUCACCGCCACCACAAAUGCCGCCAUUACCACAAUCACCACCACCUCAAUCACCGCCACCACCCCCAAGCCAAAUACCACCUCUCAUUCCGCCGACUCCCCUCUCGCCGCAAUCCGAGCCGCCAAAUGAAACACCAAUUCCCGACUCCCAUUCCCCAGAACCAGCGCUUGAACCUGUGCCUACUCAAACGAAAACCCAAGGCAAAACAAAAAAGGCUGCAAGUAAACCUAAGAAAACCCACAGCCGGAAGCGGAAGCAGUACCCUCUGUUCCUUUCGACCUGA